CCUACCUAUCUUUUCGUGGCAAGUCUAGCUCAAUUGCGAUUUUGCUUCUUGUGCAAGCAAAACAGUUUGUCUGACCUGCGCGCUCCAACCGCAUCCUAAUCUUAAUUUACGCGGUCAUUGUCUCCGAAAGCUAAACCUGACGCCAGCUACAGGCGUCUGAUGGUUGGGUCUGCAUCAAUUUGAUCGACGGGAGGCCAACCAACGAUACCGCUUUUCGCCGUUUGGCGUACAUGUAUCUGCGUUACUGCCGCACCGCCACGCGAUAGUACCCUACCUCCUGCAAGACCAAGAACUAGGUCUAGCCCAUACGACGUCACGGCAUCAAAAGGAGAAAGCAACUGGCUCCCCAUUCUCCUGACUCUACCUUACAUAAUUCCGCGCCCAAACUGCGCCUUUAGUUCAUUUUCCGAAUUCCAAAAGAUCGAAGUCGCGAUAAGCGAGGAAUUUUGUCUACCUAAUUUACCACGAGCCCAGCUCAACCUUCUAGUCCGACCUGGUAUUCCUUCUCCACUGGGACCUGGCUACCCCUUUCUCGAGCUGCCGUAAUCAUGCCGGAAUUCAGCGAUUCUUUCUGGUCCAGCGAUUAUGCUGCAGGACUCGGUGUUCUCUUUGGAAAACUACAACAAGGAGUGCUAGAAAACCGGCAGGUGCUCACGAUAGCACGCCUACGUGCCGAAGCCGAAGAAGCCUAUGGUAGCAAACUUAGCGAAAUCGCCCCAAGCGCCGACAGAAUUCAGGGGGGAUUUGGUCGCGAUGAUGGGGCAACCCUCAGGAAGGCCUACGAGGGCGUCCGAACCGAGAUGCAAGAGGGCGCCAAGAACCAUAAGAAGAUUGCGCAGAGCAUUCGUGACCUGGUAGUUAACCCUUUCUCAAGAUGGUGCGAUGCUCAUGAGCAGCGCGUCCAGGACUCGCAAGACGAACUGCAAUCACGAAUCAAGGCGCACGACAAGCAAGCGGAACUAGUCAAGAAGCUUCGUAGCAACUACUUCAACAAGUGCCGCCUUGUUGAGGAUCUGGAAGAGGAAAACAAGCUGGCGUUCCAAGACCCAGAGCACAGCCCAAGCAAAACAUCCAACGUGCCCGAGAUCAAGGUCGACAAGGAUAACGAGAUCGAUGACGAUGAUGAAAUGUACGAGAUUGGUGACGAGAUGUUCACUCGCGACCAGAUCAAGAAAAUCGUAGCUCAUAUGCUAGAUCACAUCAAGAUGGGCGACACCAAGGUGCCGAUAUUGGGCACAUAUCUCAACACCUCUGCCGGCUCCGACAUUGUCGAGUAUCUUCAGCGCAAUAUGGGCACUUCGAGCGUGAGCUACGCCGAGCGCAUAGGACAGGAUCUGGUCAACCACAAGUUCCUGCGCCUGAUCGGAAACGUGGGUAACACUUUCGCCAACAGUUCGCGCAUGUUCUACCAGUGGCAGAGCAAGGCCUUCAGGAUGGCCGGUGUACCCGAAAAGAAGACGCAACUGAACAGGACAUUGUCAAUGCCUUCAACCACAUCUGAGGGCUCCGACUCACCGGUUGUCGGCGCCGUGAGCGAGUAUUUGGAAAAGUGGAAUCUCGUCAACACAGGACCUCCCAAUGAAACACCUGCCGAACGCCUACGUCGCGAGCAACGGGAAUCUGACGAGCGAUACAAGGCUGGAGUGCGCAAGCUAGACGAGCUGCGCUGCGAUCUCGAAGAGCAGAUCUUUGUCCACCUCAGGUUCCUGGAACGAUGCGAGCUCGACCGUCUGAAGGCGAUUAAGACUGUAAUUUUGGACUUUUCGGGCACCAUUAGCAACGUCAUCCCGAGCCUUCAGUCUGCAGUCGACAACAUGAUGUUGUACCAGGAGACUGUGCAGCCCCUUCGUGAUUUGCGCUACCUGCUGGAGAAUUACCGCACUGGAAGCUUUAUCCCCAAGGUGGUGACAUACGAGAACUACUAUAACAAGGUUGACGACCAAACCUUUGGUGUCGACCUCGAGGCCCGCGCUCGCGCUGACAAGAAGCGCGUGCCCAUAAUCGUCACAACCAUCCUCACAUACCUCGACCACCACUACCCCGACCUUGAGGGUGAUGAGGCCAGGCGCGGCGUUUGGCUGGUUGAAGUACCACUCUCGCAGACUCACAGACUGCGUAACAGGGUGAACAACGGCAGGGUUUUCUCCACAGAAGUAUUUGCAGACUUUGAUGUUCCUACGGUCGCGAGCUUAUUGAAGCUUUACUUGCUUGAACUUCCUGACUCGCUUGUAUCUUCCCAUGUUUACGAGAUCAUCCGCACGAUAUACCAGCAGCCUGCAACCGAAGGUUCCGAACACUCAAGAAUCGCAAUCCUCCAACAAACGCUGUCGCAGCUGAGACUUACGAACAUCGCCACGCUUGACGCCUGCAUGAACCACUUUACUAGACUGAUAGAUCUCACUUCGGCAGACGAGGCCUAUGUGGCAGCACUCGCAACUACUCUGGCUCCUUGCAUCCUCCGACCCAAGGUUGAGACCUCGCUCACCAUGGAGGAGAAGCAUGCUUAUCGUUUGAUACGGGAUCUUUUCCAGCAUAAGGAUCCUAUUUUCAGCGAACUCAAGAGGAUGUCAACACUUUCCCAUUCUGCCUCGGUAGGAAGCCGCGGUUCCACACCCGCAGCCAACGAUGUACCAAGCGACAGUAAGAAUGAUCGUCGGCCGCGCGCAAUCAGCACAGAUGAGAGCAACCGGCGGGCCAACAUGGAGGAGCGCAACAGGCUGGUUCUCGAGAAGGCAGCUGGCAGUAGGAGUCGUGCAACAUCACCUGCACCUGGACCCAGGGGCCACAGGCGCGACAGGAGCAGCGGCGGUCCUGAAACAAGGUUCCCUGUAUCUCCAACAGCAACACACCACCCAAGGCACAGCGUAGGGCCGAUCAUGGGCAUUAAGAGAUCUAGUCUUGAGGUUCCAGGUGGCGAGUUCCCUGGCUCUUCAGGAAGCAGUGAAAACUCGCAUGCUGGCAGCAAUGGCACGUCGCCAACUGGUCUGGCAGAGUCGCCGGUUAUUACCGAGAUGAUUGCUGAUUCGAACGUCAACAAACGGAACAGUCUUGGGCGCAGCGGGGCUCGGUUUGUUGGCGGCCGGAGAGUGACGGGCCCUUCGGUCGCGGGUGGCGCGAUACCGGAGACUUCUGCCACUGAGGGUGCAGCCGGCGGGGAUACCGAAAGAGUCCGGGAUAGCAUGCAUGGAGUCACACUGGUGGACAAACCAAUGGACGACUAGUGAGCGGGCCAGGCCGAUGAUUGUAAUUCAGUGUAAGUACAUACAACCUACGAGCAAGCGGAAGGGUUUUGACUGGUCCAUGUUGGUUUCCCCUGGGCCCAACGAUUAUGAGCAGCUUUUUGUUUCUUCUUACGAUGAUAGACGAUGUAUUGUAGCAAUUGUCACGGCGGAAUAUUAAGAACGAAUGAC